AUGAAAUUUAAUAGUGUUGAUGAGGGUGUUGAAUUUUAUAAAUCAUAUGCACUUGCUGCUGGUUUUAACACUAGGAAGUCUACCAGUAAAAGGCAUACAGAGAAAAAAUUGGCAUUCCAAUAUGUCUUAUGCAACAAACAGGGUUUCAAGGAGAAGAAAAAGCCUAUUGUUGAGAGUAUUCUAAAUGAUAAAGAAGGACAAAGCAAGGAAGGCAAGAUUUCAAUAACAAGAAAAAGAUUAGUCACUCGUGUUGGGUGCAAAGCUUUUAUGGUUCUAAAACAUUGUGAAGAUGAAAAGUAUAUAGUAACACAGUCCCACGAAGGACAUACUCAUCCCCUCUACACACCAAGUUGUAAUCUAUUUCAAAAAGAAGGAAGAAAGAUGAACAUUUUGCACAAAAAAAUGAUUGUUGAUAACUCUAAGGUGAAUAUUGGCCCUGUAAAAACUUUUCGAAUGAUGAAGGAAAUACUUGGAGUUGAUGAUGAUUCUUGUCUUUCUAGAGCUCUUUGGGCGGAUCCUAUUUGUAAAAAAAAUUAUGCUCUCUUCGGCGAUAUGAUAUCUUUUGACACCACUUACCAAACUAACAGGUACAACAUGGUAUUUACUCCAUUUACAGGGGUUGAUCAUCACAAGAGUUGUAUCACUUUUGCGGCUGGUUUCAUAGCAAAGGAAGAUAUUGAAUCAUUUGAGUGGCUUUUCAAAACAUUUCUUAAGGCAAUGGGCAAUAAUGAACCUAAUUGUCUUAUCACAAAUCAAGAUCCAGCUAUCAAAAUUGUUGUUAAUAGAGUGUUUCAAAAAUCUGAACAUCGGUUCUCUGAGUUUGAAGAAAGGUGGAAUAAGGUGAUGGUUGAGUUUGAAUUGGAAGGUAAUGAGUGGUUGUGUUAUAUGUACGAGAUAAGGGAUAAGUGGAUUCCGGCAUAUUUCAGAGAUGUGUUCCUGGGAGGAAUAAUGCGUACCACGUCAAGAUCAGAAAGUGAAAAUAACUUUUUUUGCUCUUUUAUCAAUCCUCACGUUUCACUUGUUGAGUUUUACAUGAGAUAUGAAGCUGCAAUUGAUGCCCAGAGACACGCUCAAGGUCAAAACGACAAUGAUUCAAAGCACAAAUACCUAGAGUGCAAGACACCACUAGGGAUAGAAAAGUAUGCCUCAACCAUAUACAUUAUUUCUGUUUUUUAUGACUUCCAAUAUGAGGUAGAAAUGGCUUGUUUUUCUUGUGGGUGUGAAGAGUUUAAGAGAGAAAAUGGAUUAGAAAUUGCAAAAUUUGGCAGAGGGGACGAUGAAGAUAUUAAAGACCUUGUGAUUAAUCUUCGAGGAUUGAGGUUGGAUUUGGAAGCUAAAAGAAAUGCAAGAAGUAAUGGUGAAAGGAAUGCUACUAACAAAGAAAAAGACAUAGAACUAUUAAUUGGAGCUAGUGUUCCAAGUGAAAUAUCUAUCAAACCUCCAAAAAUUUCUAAGAACAAAGGUACAGGAGUUCAUAUGUCAAAUGUUGAAACGAGAUCUGUAGAGACUUCAAAUGUUGAAACAAGAUCUGUAGAGACUUCAAAUGUUGAAACAAGAUCUGGAAGUGGGAAAAGACUAAAGGGGGACAAAGAAAUGGCGGUAGAACAAAAUCAGAAAAAAAAAAGAGGUUAUGCAAAGGUUGUGGGGAAUUGA